AUGCUUCAAUUCAUUUUCCUUUUGCUACUCAUCAAAGCUAUUUCCGGAUCACAUAGAGGUAUUCUGCAUAGCAAUAGUGCUAACAAAUGUUACGAUAAAGAUCCUGAUUGUUCAAAUGAUAUCUGUCAAAAUUAUCCAUACACAGCCAAGGAACGAUGCCCGAAAUUUUGUGGCUUAUGUCAUGAUUCGUCAUCAUCAGGAAAUACUGGUCAUUUGACAUCGACAUCCUCAUCAUCACAUCAGCAAACAAGAAAAUCGCUAAUUUCUUGUACCGAUAAAAACUCUGACUGUACCGCGGAAAUUUGUCGUAACUAUCCGUUUACGGCGAAAGAACGAUGCGCCAAAACAUGCAAUCUAUGUUCCGGAGAUACCUCCAGCUCAGGCUCAACUGCAUCAGGUCAUCAUCAUACAAUGGUUGGAAUAGACAAAUCUAGAGGAGGCAGCACAAUUUCGUCAUUAUCACCCAGAAGAGAAAUUUCAUCUAUCAGUAGUGGUUUGUGUUUCGAUAAAAAUUUCGACUGUAAAAAAGAAACAUGCCGAGAUUUCCCGUUUAUUGCUAGAGAGGAAUGCGCUAAAACGUGUGGAUUUUGUAGCAGUGAUUCAUUUGAUGGUAUAGCUUUUACUACAAUUUCACCAAGUCGUCAUGCAUCUAUUAGAUUGAAUGAACGUGGUGGUGGUGGUGGUGGUGGUAUUGGUAGCAGCACUAGCGGUAUUUCGAAAUAUGGUGAUAAUGAAAACACUCGUAAUGCUCCGUCACAUUCUAAACUUUUAAAAGAUAAGGAAUUAGAUUGCGUUGAUUUGAACAUCGAUUGCACUCAACAAAUCUGCAAAGAUUAUCCUUUCACUGCUAAAGAACGUUGCGCUAAAACUUGCGGAUUCUGUCGUAAACAAGAAAUUGAUGGUCGUGAUACAACGAAUAUUGGUACCCUGAGAAGCAGAACUCCCGAAUUUGAUCGAAGAAAUAAAGCAUCAGUGGCUACCGUUGAUUGUAGAGAUGAGGAUUCUCAAUGUUCGGAACGAUCAUGCUUGGAGCAACCACAUAAAGCGCGCACAAAAUGUGCAAAGACGUGUGGUUUUUGUGGUGAAAAAAGCUCACAAGGUUCGAUAAUCGAACUCAAAUCUCCUUCGGUGAAUAUUCCAGAUGACGAUAAUGUUAUUACUCUCGACAGUGACAUCGGGAGUAGCUCUGUACAAUCGACAGCGAUAUCUGGACAUCGUUUAACCUCUGGAAACAGUGACGGUAUAUUGACACAAAAUUCACAGCGUUCAUCUAUUAGCAGCCGAACUGAUUUAUCUCGUAAAUCUUCAUCAUCAUCGGCACAUAUACAGCAGCCAACAAAUAAACCAUAUUUGGGAGAACAAAAAAGAUAUCCUGGAAGAACAGGUAUAUGUCUUAUUUCGAAGGCCCAUGUACUGAUGAUAACAGAUACUGCGAGAAGACAGACUGCUACAAGUAUCCAAGAUUUUCUCAAAGAUACUGUGAAAAAACUUGCAAUUACUGUUAAACAGGCAGUGAAUAGUGAGGUUUCACUUCUGCAAUUGUAUGUGGAAGACAAUAAAGUUUUGGAAAACAUUUCAACACUGGAACUUAUUUAUAAAUUGAAAAUAUUAACUACAUAA